UGCUCCAGUCGGAGGGGAUAAAGAGUAGCACAUUAAAGAUGGCCGCCGCCGCGGGAGAGGGGCUGGCGGCGGUUAACGGUCGUUUGACAACGGUGUUUGUACGAAAUCUGCCCGCGACUGCGGAUGGCGAGCGACUGGGAGAGAUUUACAGCGAGCUGGGGCCGAUCAAACAUUGCUUCGUGGUAAAGGAGAAAGGGAGUCAGACUUGUCGUGGUUUCGGGUAUGUGACCUUUUCACUUCCAGCAGAUGCACAGAAAGCUUUGAAAGAAGUGAAAUUCUAUGAUGGCCAAAAACUCUCUGUUUCUCUUGCCAAGAAGAAACUUUUAGGAAAGAAAGCAGCCACCAAGGAAGCUUCUAAAGCCAAUACAAAACAACAAGCUCAGAAGAAAUUGCAGAGGAAAGCAAGGUUGAUAGUUCGAAACCUGAGUUUUAAGUGUUCAGAAGAUGACCUGAAGACACUUUUCUCGCAAUAUGGGACUGUGCUGGAGGUUCACAUUCCUAGGAAAGAAGAUGGGAAAAUGCGAGGAUUUGCAUUUGUUCAACUUAAGAACCUUCUGGAAGCUGGGAAAGCCUUGAAGGGAAUGAACCUGAAGGAAAUUAAGGGUCGUCCUGUGGCGGUGGACUGGGCGGUGGCCAAGGACAAGUACAGCACAACAGUGAAUCUCAAGAGUGCAGGAGCUGAGAGUAAGGAAACUGUUCAGGCUGCAGAUAAAAACAACAAAAGUCAGCAAGAAGAUGGCAAGGACUCUGGGGACGAACCAGAAAAAGAACCUGCUAAAGAAUCGAAAGUGAUGCUACAGGGGAAUGUGGUGUCCAAGAAGAGGUCAGCAACAAAGGAGGAGAAGGUUGUGAUAGAAGCUUCAGAUGAUGAAACUGAUGAUGAAGAAGAUGCGUCAGAUGGAAAUGUGUCAGAUGAAGAAGUGUCAAAUGAGGAAGUAUCAGAGGAUGAUGAGGAGGAUGAAAAGCCUGUGAAAAAAAAGAAGUUGAGAAAGGCUAGUCUCCCAGUGGAUGUUCAUGAAGGGCGGACAAUCUUCAUCAGGAACCUGUCCUUUGACACUGAGGAAGAUACACUGGGGGAAAUGCUGGAGCAAUUUGGAGACCUGAAAUAUGUUUGUGUAGUCAGGCACCCUGACACAGAACACUCCAAGGGUUGUGCUUUUGCUCAGUUUGUGACAAAGGAGUCGGUGCAGAAGUGUGUGGAGGCAGCGGAGAGCCAGAGUGAGAGUGGAGGACUCCAGCUGGAUGGGCGGAAACUGAUCGUGACCUUGGCAGUUAGUCGUGAAGAGGCCAAGAAACUCACCCAGAAGAAGUCAAAGAAACCGUCUGGAACACGGAACCUGUACCUGGCUCGAGAGGGCUUGAUUCGAGCUGGGAUGAAAUCAGCAGAGGGCAUGAGUGCCUCAGACAUCACUAAGAGAA